CUAUUAUGUACGUUUUUAAUAUGGUGGACGUUUGGUAUUAAAAUAUUUUGAUGAUAUAGAAUGCAACAAAAUAGUGGAUAUAUGUAUGAAGCAACUUCAAAAUAAAUUAUUUUUAGGCUAAAAGUCGACAGAAAUUCAUAUACAACAUUCAAAAUGUGUGAUGCAUGCUCUGAUUUUCUACAAUUGCUAGUUUCAUAUGAAGCUCAAUUUUGUGCGGAAAGCAGUGAACAACCUAUUUUAACAGGCAGAGAUGUGGAUACUGUUUAUGUUUAUGCUCAGACUUGGCCAGCGAGACAAUGUAUGUGCUGCUACAGAGAUCCAAAAAAUCUUGAACGCUUCAGUUAUAUUACACAAGGGCUAAUAUAUAUGGCAGCUAGUCAAUUGAAAACUUUGGCAGAAAAAUCCACAGAAGGUAAUAAACAAUCUGAAAAUAAUCAGGAAAAUAAAGAUGCUAAAACAGUUAAAAAUCCUGAGGAUGAAAAAGAAAAUCCGGAGGUUUUAGAACGUGAUAAAUUAUUAUUACUGGUUGCAAAAAUAUUUUUAUUAAAUUUUCCUUUAUAUGUAGCUUAUAAGCACACAAUUCAAGCAAAGUUGGAUGAAUUAACCCAACAAGAAAUACAAAAUUUAAAUUUAUUUUGUGAUUUACAUGAUUCUGAAAUUCCUAUUUAUUUAUUGAAAAAUGUUAGUUGGUUUUGCAAGUUGGGAGGAUUGUUGGCAAUGACUACCUGCUUCACUCAAUUAUCUCCUGAAUUAUUACCAAUAUCUACUGCACAUGCUAUGAUAUCAAUAGUUUGCAAUUUAAAACUUUGGAUGAAUUACAAAAGUAUGGUGUCAAUGUUAGUUCCAUUAAGAUCAUGUGUUCUAAGGUACAUGUGCAAACUUUCAGAUCAAGAUCUUCGCACAACAACAAUAAAAAGUAUGGCAGAUUUCAUGUGGAAUGCUAUCAAAGAUCCUCUAGACUCACAUGUAGCAUUUGACAUAGAUGGUUUAGAUCUGGCUUUUAAAUACUUCAUCUCAAGUACACUAACGAUGAGACUAGCAGGAAUAACGCAGAUAAAUAACCAAAUUGGUUUAUUGGCAGAAAUAUGUGUUGGAGAAUCUUUGCCUGAAGCUGAAGCAGCUCCAAGACAAAUGGCAGAUUGGUUAAUAAAUAAUAGUAUAAUUUCUCAUAUAUUUGGACCGAAUCUUCAUGUAGAGGUAAUUAAACAAAGUCAUAUAAUCCUAAAUUUCCUUGCGAUGGAAGGAAGGAUAACUUGUGAACAUAUGGAUGUAAUUUGGGCAGCUGCACAAUUAAAACAUUGCUCAAAACCUGUCCACGAUUUGUUGCCAGGACUUGUGAAACAUUUAGCAGCUGCACCUACUCUACAUCUAUACAGCCUCUUAACUAAACUUGAACCUAAAGAUCACACUGAACAAACAUUGUAUCUUGCAUCAGCUUUGAUAAAAGCUCUUUGGUCUAGAGGAGGUGGUGCCCCAGAAAUAGGUCUUAUCAAUGUGGCUGCUUCAAAUGCAGGUAUACCCUUACAUAAAUGUACCACAUCUUCUGAAAACAGUGUUAGUCUCGAUCCCAGUAAUUCCGAAGAAGAACAUGGGGAAAGUUCAGCACAAUCCGAGAGCCGGAAAAGUGAAAGUGAAGAUAUAGAUGGAGUAGAAAUUGAUGAAGAUGAAAAUGGCCAAAUCGUAGUUGAUAAUAGCGGUCCUCCACCUUGCAAAUUAGCUCGUAAACAGGUUAUAGAAAGAGUGCACUGUAAUGGAAGUAGUACAGAUUCAGAACUAGAUGGAAUAAGUAUAAAAUCAUCACCUGAUGCAAAAUGGUCUGGACAAGGUAAAAAUAAAACUGAAAAAAGAAUACUUCCAAGGAAAAAAAAUCAGUCAAAUAUUAACAUAUUACCGGAAGUUGACGAAAAUAUGCCAUCUAGUAGUUCUCAGGAUGAAGCUGAUACUGAGGAUUCUCCUUCAAAGUUGAGAAAAAGAAGAAAACUGCUGAGAAAAAGUAGAGCCAAAAGACAAAAAGGGAAUCACAAACGCAUCCAUAGGAUAUCUGCCAUAGACGCUCUAAACGACGUGGAGGUUGACAGUGACCAAGAAAUAAAAGAUCGUUUGAAGAUUAUUAGUCACAAUGUUCAUGUAUCUCAAAUUAAUAACCUUGAUGUAAAUGUGAAGCAAGCUGUAUAUUUAGAAGAAAGUUCUUCUUGUAGUGAAUUAGGAAAAGAGGGAGCUUGCCCAAAUUUUUUAGCAAUACAUUCAACAUCAGGACAUGUUUUGGAAAUGUUAAGUGGAGAAGAAGCAGAAGUAGAAGGUGACGGUGAAGGCAGCUAUUCUUCACGCAUGAGCAAUAAAUCCGAGAAGAACAUGGCAGAUUUUGAUGGAGAAGAUUCCGUUUGUGAAGAUGAACUUGCCAGAUUAACAGAACAUGCAGGUAUGAAUUUGCAUGUGUUCAAUCAUCCGCCAGAAAAAACUCCGGUUCGUGCAGAUUUAAGAUUAUCGGCUUGUUUUAAAGUUGAUAAUGUUUGUCAGCCUGGAAAUACGUUGCUUUGGGAUUUACUACAGGACGACAAGAUCUGUCAAUUAGGAGAAGGAUUAGCCUUAGAAGCAGAAAAGACAUUGUGUAAUUUAAUUUGUUAUACUCCUGAUAAAGAAAUAAGAAUGAAGUUUAUUGAAGGUUGCUUGAAUAAUCUUGCCAAUAACAUGUCUGUAGUUGUAUCAUUACGGAUGUUGCCAAAACUACUAACAUCGUUUCGAGGUCUUGAUAUGCAUCAUGUAACACAUUGGGCAGACAGACAACAUCACAUGAUGACACACUUUUUUAAUAAUUUGAAAGUGUAUACUCUCAAUCCCAGUAAAUCGCUGCCAAUGUACACUCAUCAAAUGCAAGUUCAAGUUAGGCUCCACUUUCUAUCUGCAGUUUUCUCACCAGUUGUGUCUCCCAAUAAUUUUAAGUUAACUAUUGAUCAAGUUGAUACCUUAUGGGAAUGUCUAGCGCGAGAUCCUGAAUGUUCAGAUGAAUUGUUUAGUUGGCUUUUAUCCCAAACCAAAACUACAGAAUUGCACGCUCUUAAAAUCGAAGCUCUACAAAGACUGUACAUCCACCACUUACCAAGUCUACCGCCGGAAAAAUUUAGUAUGAUUUGCCUUAGUUUAUUUCAACAAUUAUGUAGUUUGAAUAAUUUACUAACUAAUGAUAACGAUAACAAGAAGGAAAAUCAAAAUGUCGGAAUGGAUCACAUGUGGAAAAUAGCUUUAAAGGCUUCUAAUACAGAAGUAAGCAUGGCGGCAAUACAGUACAUAAAUAGUUACUACAUGGGGUAUAAUUUACAACAUGAAGGUCAAUUUGUCUGGCAGUGUAUGACACAUCUAAAGGCAGCUUCUGAAGAUGUGACAGCUAGCAGUACUGGUGCAGAAGAAGCUUCUUUACUCUGUAUUCAACGAGCUUUGCUAUUAAUGAAAACGCACAUUGAAACUUUUCGAAGAAGGUAUGCUUUUCAUUUAAGAAAAUGGGCACUUGAAGGUAAGGGUAUAGGUAGUCAUUCAGCUUCAUUAGGAGAUCGUCCCAGCACUCCUAUCAGGUUAGUUGUACAAUCAGGGAGCUCUUCCGAAAGAUGUUUGUUGGAUUUAUUUAAUAGCGACUAUAUAGCCGAACUCAGAGCGGAAGUUGUCAAAUGGUGUGAGGGAAUUCAACAAAUGAAAGGAGAUUCUGCUGAAAGUAAAACUAAACCCGGUGAAACAUGGAUAAGAAUAAUAACACAAGGCCAAGAAGUGACGAUAGACUGUGAUGAAAAAACCUUAGCUGAAAUGGGCUUUAAAGAUAAUCAGAUUGUCUACAUUUCGGUGGGGAUGUCGAGAAAUAUGAAAAAACGAGAAUUUAUGGAUGCUCCUUCUUUACAUCCACCUCCUCCUAGAGAAUGUUUGCCUACACUACUAUUAUUGCAGCCAAAUUACUUUGAGCAAUUAUUUUCUUUAAUGCACACAUUAAGUUCAAUGAAAAUUCAAAUUAAAGGAGGGCGUCAUCUACCGCAUACAAAGGCACAAGUUCUUAGUAGAAGAGUAUGGGACAUCCUAAGUUUACUUCCGACUAGUCCUAAACUAUUACGUGGUUUUAAGUAUUUGGACAUACCCUUGUCUGAAUUAUUAGACCCGUCUAGUGCACAAAAACUUAUGUAUUCUUUAUAUAUUGUGGAAUCAUUAAGUGCAAAAAUGUAUCAAGGAAAAUAUACGGAUGAAGGUGAUGGAGAUGAGGAAUCGUGGACCAGAAAGUUUGUCAAACAUGGUGGCUUAAGCCAUUUGUUUGAUAUUUUCAUGUCUGGUAUUCUUCAAAGGGACGGAUCUGAUUGUUCAGACUGGCAACAAGAUUGUCUCGCCUCACUACUUAAAAUUCUUUGUCAUUUGGGAGUUGAAUCUACAUCUCAAGAUACAGUAAAAUCUCGCAAUGAAAAAAUAAUAAUCCCCAACUUGAACGAUUGUUUUUUGGCGUUAAUAGACACUAAAUCUAUGCUGGCACAAAUAACGAGUAUUUUAGAAGAAGCGUCAAGACCUAAAGACGUUAAUCACUAUAAAACAGGAUUUUGGGGAAGAGCUCAAGUGGUUCACUAUGCGAUGGUUUUGUUAGUAUCUUGGUUACAUUGCUGCGAAGAGGCUCGGGUGGAGUUGUUUCAAUCUAGUAAUUUUUCAGAUUGGUUGCAAAGACUGGUAUUGGAAGAUCCAGAACCAGCUGUAAGACGAGAAGUUUGCUCAGCAAUUUAUAGAUUGUGUCUAGGAGUUUCUUCUAGUCGUGAACCUAUUGAAAAUAGUCUUAUAGCUCCAAUGUUAUCACAAUUAUUACUAUAUUUGGAGACUGCCGAAAGUAUGAGACCUCAAAAGAUGGAGGCUUUACAAGCUCCUGAAGAAGGAAAAGAACCAUACGGACCCGCUUGUCGUGAUUAUUUCUGGCUAGUAUCUCGUCUAGUUGAUAGUUUACCAGAUGAAUUGGUGAAAGAAAGUCUUGAUGAUCCUCAAAAUUGUGUAAUAGACAUAAACGAAUUAACACAAAAGAUCGCAAGAUCAAUUUUAUCUAGAGAUUAUCUCGAAACACGACACCAAACUGUAGAUGAUGAUGGCCUGAUUGGUUUAUUAAAUUUAAUGACAAAUCUACUUAAACACAAACCGCCUUUUCAAUCGAGCAAAUUGGGUCAAGAAUUGUUAUGUGAGGUGUUUGAUUUUCUUUUUGCCUUACCGAACCCAAAACUACGACAUGUUCCUAAAUGCAAAUCUCCCAGAUCCAGAACAUCUGCCUUCGAUUUAUUGGUAGAAUUAGUAAAAGGCUCUCCAGAAACAUUCGCCAUACUACAUGAAAAAUUGUUGAAACAGCACCAACCAGGACCGAAUUCACCUUAUCCUUGGGAUUAUUGGCCUCACGAAGACGGUAGAUCAGAGUGUGGCUAUGUCGGUUUAACAAAUUUGGGAGCAACAUGUUAUAUGGCUUCUUGUAUGCAACAUCUCUAUAUGAUGCCUCAAACCAGAGCUUCCAUCUUAGCUGCCAAUACUGAACAAGCAAAACAUGAACCUACUCUUAAGGAACUUCAAAGAAUGUUUGCUUAUUUACUAGAGAGUGAAAGGAAAGCUUAUAAUCCGAGAAGUUUCUGCAAAGUGUAUUCUAUGGAUCACCAACCACUGAAUACGGCCGAACAAAAAGAUAUGGCUGAAUUUUUCAUAGAUUUGGUUAGUAAAUUAGAAGAGAUGACUCCUGCCUUAAAAGAAGUUAUUAAAAAUUUAUUUUGCGGUACUCUAAGCAAUAAUGUAGUUUCUUUAGACUGUGAUCACGUGAGUAGGACAUUAGAAGAAUUUUACACAGUUAGAUGUCAAGUAGCCGACAUGCGAAAUCUCUACGAAUCUUUAGACGAAGUAACCGUGAAAGAUACACUCGAAGGUGAUAACAUGUAUACUUGUUCUCAAUGUGGAAAGAAAGUGAGAGCGGAAAAACGAGCAUGUUUUAAAAAGUUACCACACAUUUUAUGUUUCAAUACUAUGCGAUACACUUUUAAUAUGUUGACGAUGCUCAAAGAAAAGGUUAAUACACACUUUUCCUUCCCAUUGAGACUGAACAUGGCGGGGUAUGUAGAAAAACAGUUAAUGACUCAACAUUACCAAGAGGAUAAACAGAAAAAUACUGAUAAUGAGAACACCGAAAAUGAACAGUAUGAAUACGAUCUUAUAGGGGUAACAGUUCAUACAGGUACAGCCGAUGGUGGUCAUUACUAUAGUUUUAUUAAAGAUCGUACUGCCGGUUCAAGAGACAAAUGGUUUCUUUUCAAUGAUGCUGAAGUUAAACCAUUUGAUCCUAAUCAAAUAGCAGCUGAAUGCUUCGGAGGAGAAAUGACUAGUAAGACAUACGAUAGUGUCACAGAUAAAUUUAUGGAUUUUAGUUUUGAAAAGACUAAUAGUGCUUACAUGUUAUUUUAUGAAAGGUGUCCUAUUGCUGAACCUAAUAAUCAAAGGAGUCCUUCAACGACAGGUGAUAGCUGCGAAAACAUUGCAAGUUCCCCCACUCCGACCAUGACCAUUGAACUCAGUAAAGAAUUAGAAGAUUGGAUCUGGCAGGAUAACAUGCAUUUUAUUCAAGAUAAAAAUAUUUUCGAACAUACGUACUUUAAUUUCAUGUGGCAAAUAUGCGGUUAUAUUCCUCAAACUAUUUUACCAAUAGAACCGAAUAUCACUCAAAAAGCUGCUCAGCUCUCUACAACAUUUUUCAUAGAAACAUUUAUUCAUGCCAAGGAAAAACCGACGAUGGUACAAUGGGUAGAACUAGUCACAAAACAAUUUAACGCUUGUCAAGAAGCGUGCAUAUGGUUCCUAGAUCAUAUGGCACAGGACACUUGGUGGCCUAUACAGGUAUUGCUAAAAUGUCCAAAUCAGAUGGUGAGGCAGAUGUUCCAACGGCUUUGCAUUCAUGUAAUACAACGACUAAAACAAUCACAUUCGAAAUUGUACCUUCAAUUGGAAGAUGGAAAAGAGUGGACUAAAGAGGAGAAUGGAAAUGUAGAUCCUGCCAAAAUUGGAAACGCUUCAUGUGUUACUAGGUUUAUCAAAACGUUAUUAUCCUUAAUGGAACAUGGCGCCAAAGCUCAUUUGAAACAUCUCACUGAAUAUUUUGGAUUCCUUUAUGAGUUUAGUAAAAUGGGAGAGGAAGAAUCAAAAUUUUUGUUAGCAGUAGGUGCUAUCCAUUCCAUGAUACAUUUUUAUUUGGGUCAAAAAUCAAACGAUUUUGUAGAUGUUAGUGAAGGUGAAGAAGAAGAAGAAGUAGUUUCUAUGCCAACGGACAAAUAUAAACCUGCCUCUCUAGAUAAAAUGAUUACGCUAAUAGCGUCACUGGUUGAAAAAAGUCGAGAUUCCAGCGGAAAACUUCAACUUAGCGAAAAAGACUAUGCAGCUAUAGCUGGUGGCAAAGGUUUUACAUUUUUUUAUCAACAGAUUAAGGACAACAUCAAUUUACAACAGACUAGAAACUUAAUUCAUUCAAUUUGUAGAGGGAAUAAUCAAUUGGCGCAGUUAAUCAUCUGUAUGAUAUCACAGGCUAUAUCGAGAAACUCUGAGGGAUGUCAACCAUUUUUCAAAAUUCUCACACUUCUCACCGAAACAAGUGCUCAGAAUUCAUCCCAACAACCAUGUUUUACACAAUUAGUUCUUCAGAAAGUUUGGGAUGCCGCUGAAUGCUGUCCAUAUUUAGCACUAGAUUGGCUUGCUCUACAAGUUACAAGGAAUCGUUUAGUUCACUCUUGGGUACUUGGCUCAAUGGAUUCUUGGCUAGAACAUUUUUUAAUUGCUCAUAAUAAUCAGAGAGUGCGGAACACUGCAGGCUACCUAUUGGUAUCAUUGGUUCCGAGUACCCCUUUUAGACAAGGUUUUAGAGCUACCCAUAGAUCAAACAGAGAGCCACAAUUAUCUCCUGAGGCCACAACAGUGUUGCAUCAAAUUUAUAUCGCUCUCUUAAGACUGUUACAAACUGCCAAACAUUAUACCGAUAUGCAGCAACAUGGGACUAUGAAAUUGACUACUUACUUUGCUUUAAUGAUGUAUUGCUGCAUUUCAAGGACUGAGAAAUUAAUGUUUGGACAGUAUUUCAUGCAGCUGUGGCAUUUGUUUCACCCAAAGUUAUCAGAACCGUCCAUACCAGCUUACCAUAAUAAACAGACUUUACUAGCAUUUUGGAAUCACGUUUGUACAGACUGUCCGGAAAAUGUUCAAUUGAUGCUCCAAAACGCGCAUGUGACUAAAAAUAUUGCAUUUAAUUACAUCUUAGCGGAUCACGAUGAUCAAGAAAUAGUGAUGUAUAAUAGAGCCAUGUUACCAGCAUACUAUGGUUUACUUAGAAUGAUGUGCCAACAAUCCAGAGCUUUUACUAGAAGUUUGGCCCAACAUCAAAAUUUACAAUGGGCGUUUAAAAACAUAACUCCUCACCCAACUCAAUAUCCACAGGCUGUAGAGGAAUUAUUUAAAUUAAUGCAACUGAUGGUAAUAAAACAUCCUGACGCUUCAGAAGCAGAACAGAGAGAAAUUUAUAGUUUUAGAAAGAAUACAUUGAUGACUUACCUACAGUGUCUUGAUGGAAGAACAAGUUGGGGUACAUUAAUUUCAGCAUUUAGGAUAUUAUUAGAAACGAAUGAUGACAAACUUUAUGUCGUUUAUAAUGGUGGUUUACAAAUUGUGUUUGAAUGUUUUCAAAAUUUGCAUUUGAUGCUACACGAAGCUACUGCAUGUCAUGUGGUAGGUGAUAUGUUGGACAUUCUUAACAUAAUGCAAGAUCUCAUGCAAUGUAUAAGAUUGUAUAGAGAUAGUAAAGAUGCUCGGGGUAUUUUACUGGCUACAAAAGACUGGUUGGAAGUUCUAAGGAAGCUGGCUACAUUAUUGAAUACCUAUAAUCCUCCAGAAAUGAGAACUUUGUGUAUAGACGUACUUAAAGAAUUUGUUGUGAUAAUGACGGCAGAAACUAUGCAAGUACUGGUACCAUUGUUGUCCCAUUGUCAUUCGGCUUUUCAAGACAGUCAGGAUGCAGUUCCAUUAGGACCGUAUUUUCCAAGAAAAGGACACUCGCUACCAUUAUUGACUGGAAAAGGAGGGGCCAGACCUUUAAGGCCUAUGGUACAAAUGACAGUACCGCAUAAUCAACUAGAAUGUAGCAGGGGCGUUGAUCCGGAUUAUGAUUUAGCAUUGGAUAAAUUCUAUAACCCUUAUCACGAUUUCAUAGAUAUGAUAUUUAGAUUAGCUGUAAAUAAUGAUUCUGUCCCUGAAGUACUGAUUAAUUUAAGCGCUAUUGUUGGUUUUGAAGCUGUACCAUUACAUUCCACAUAUUUUCCAAAAUUGUGGUUGGAUAUUUAUAAAGCUCAGAAUAUAGAUCGAAAGUAUAUAAACAUGUUAACAACAUGUAACUAUUUUGUGGACUACGUGGAUGCAGUACUGUUAGAUGAAAGACCCGCCUUGAAUGUAGAUAUUAUUUAUGAGUUUUUGACUGUAUUUUUUCCCAAAGUAUCUGCCCACGUCCUUACCGAACAAACACUAACUAUGAUAGACAACACUGUUGUAUCGCUAAGCGAGCAAGUUGGUUCUUUAAAUGUUUUAAAAAUGGCCAAACGACUUACAGGUGAUAUUAGGGCUUUAAUAUUGGUAUAUAAUAGUCCAGAAGCAGUCCCUCCACCCUUAUUACUUGCUACUCUCAAACAAGUACAGAGUAGCAUUAAAUUGGAGAUACUCAAAUUUGAAUUAGAUGAUAAAUGCGAUGAAGCGCCUAAUAAAAAUAAUUCAAAAGAAGAAGCCGAUCCGAGUUCUUCGACGAAAGAAACCGCUUCUGGCGAUUCUACUAUUAGUAAAACUAAAAGUGAUAGUGAUACAGAAACUCAAAGUACUUCUUGUGAUAAUACUAGUUCAGAAGAAACUAAAAAGGAAAUGUCUUUCGGACCCGUAGGCGACUUACGAUUAUUGAGUAAAUCAGUAAACGAACUUAUCGAAAUUGUUAAGAAGGAUGCUUAGUUCUUUUAAAAAUUUCCAUAUUACAUCGAAAUUAUUUUAUCAAAUUAAGGAUAUAUAUAGUUUUUGUUUUUUUUUUAAAUUACAUAUUUAUAUAUUGCUUUAUUUUUCUUUAUUUCUAAUUUCAAGACAUUGACUGUGAUUUUUCAGUUUGUAAAAAGUAGAGAAAUGAAAAUAUUCAACUCGAGCGUCUAUUAAAAAAAUUUCGAUGUACUAUAAGACCAAAGUGUGUUGUAAAUGUAAUUUUUUUGUUUGUUUCGGAGUUUAUAAAAUAUUAGUCUAAGAAUAAAUGUUUCAUUGUAAAUUAAAGAGCUUUAAUUUUAGUUGCAUUGCGGUAGAAUUUGGGUUUGCAUAAUUUAGGUUAAUUUGUAAAUUAUUUUUUAUCCCAAAAAUGAUGAAAUUGUAAACUUUGUUUAUUGCUUUAAAAUUAUUUUCUCGAAAAUGUAUAUGAAUAAAAAAAUAUUCUUUUUAUA